GUGUUUUUUUCUUCUGUUGCGGUGAAUCUGUGUACGAGUAUGUGACUCCAGGACAACAUUGAGCUUCUUAAGUUUGCUUCCUGGUUUAACGAAUGAUAAGAAGAGGAGAAAACACAAAAACAGAAUCAAACCAGAUAUUAUUUACAAAAAAACAAAUGUUUUGAUAAAGCGAGUAUAUUUGAACAGUUUUUGCUCCCAUCAUUAACAUUAACAUCAACAUCAUGAAUCCAUCGUUUAAGACCCGAACAAGUGACGAAGCACUUGAUGAACAUUUGCAGCAGCUGAAAGCCACAACGGCACAAAGAAAACAACAUUUAAAUAAAAUGUACGCAGCAGGCAAAACGCCGUCAACGUUACCCACACCGCCCACACCACCACCAUCCUCACAACCAAUGGAACAAAUGCGCAUGCGCAGCGAUUCAACAGCCACCAGUAUUUAUGUAAUGGGCCACAAUUCCACCACAAAAGAUCCAUAUGCCAGCAAUAAUACGACUUUGGAUCGCAAACAGGAGCAUCGUUUGUCUUGGGUUAAUAUGCGCCGCAGAGCAGAAGGUGGUGGCAGCAUGAGUGGUGGUAGUAUGGUGCCACCUAUAACACCCUCGCCACAAACUACACGCAGUUAUAUAUCGAAUAUAACGACCACCGAAUUGAUGAGCACUAACGGUGUUGUUGGUCGUGGUGCUGGCAUUCGAGAUGUGGGUGGUGGCGGCAGCGGCGGUGUGGGCACCAUAAGUGGUCGUACAACAGCCACUUCAGGACGCAUUAGUUCCAGUGGUAUUACUACCAUUAGUGGUAGCAAUAAUACACUUAACGAUAUUCAUUCGGAUUAUCAUAGUCAAGAUGUGGGCGCCGGCAGUGAUUUUCAUAAUUUUUCACGCAUUGGUGUUUCGCCCAUGAAGCAGCAUUUGUCGGUCAAUAGUAGUUUUAAUUUGGCCAACGGCAGCACGGUUAAAUUGUUAUCAGCUACGGAUGAUGAAUCAAAUCAACAGACAAAAUGUUCGAUAUUUCGUGGUCUAGUACUGUGCAUCUGCCUAAAUGUCACCUACGCCAAUGUUGUGCGUUUUCCCCGUGAAAUGGAUAAAUACGGUUUGGCGUAUUUGAUUCCAUAUUUAAUACUAUUAUUUCUAGUCGGUUUACCCAUUGUGCUGUUGGAGAUAUCGGUGGGUCAAUUUUUGGGACAAGGAGCUGCCCACACCUGGAGGUCAUCGCCAAUAUUUAAAGGAGCCUGCAUUGUUAGUCGUUUUGCAUCUUGGGUCUCCACGGUAUGGGUUUCUCUGCAGGCUGUUAUGGCCUUAGCCUACAUUGGCAUGUUUUCAUUCAACAGUUUUCCCUUUAGAGAGUGUCUGGGUAAUUUAAGACUGGCAGCGGAUGGUUAUGCCCUGAGCAAUAUAAGUGGCCAGGAAUGUAUGGAGAAAACUUUUCUAACACCAUUCUGGGAAAAUCCACUAUUUUUUGGUUUAUUAUCGAUUGGCUUGAUUGGUUUAUGGGCGGUGGUGAUGCUGUGUACUCACAAUGGCCGUGUACUUCGCAGAGUUCUAUUCAUUUUCGGUCUACUGGGUUUUCUGCUGCUGUGCUGUGUUACCGGCUGGGAGAUACAUAAUUCUCUGGACAAACCUACACCCUAUUUUCCUCCCCUGUAUGGCUUUACCAUGGAAUAUCUAUACGAAAGUAAUCUAUGGUUUAGUGCUCUAAUGCAAGUAAUAUUUGCCUUAAAUUGUGGUUUCGGAGUUUUACCCAUGAUUACGGGAAAGUUUCUGUAUAAAGGCGAUGCUGUAAGGACUUCCGUGGUGUAUUUAUGCUUUAAUCUGCUGAUAAAUGCCAUUGCAGUAACAUUAUUUAUGAUACAAUUUGAUCAUUCGGCCAAUGGUGCCCAUAUGAUAGAGGAAUUGAAACCUUUGACCACGAUAUACGAUCGCAUACUAUACGAUAAACCCUAUUAUGAAUUGUGGGUGAAAUUAAUACCUUCCAUGAUCUAUGUUUUGGUGGUGAUUUCCUGUUUUAUAACCAUAGUGGUGGGAAUUUAUACCAGCACCAGAUUAGUGCCUCGCCAUCCAAAUUAUGUUAUGAGUUUGGUGGGCUUAGUGGCAUCUAUAAUUUCACUAUCUGCUCCAAAAUUCUAUAUAGCUAGACUAUUGGAUUCCCGCAUAGUGGGUACUAUGGUGAUAACAGCUUUGGUGUUUGAACUCAUAGCGGUGACUUGGAUAUAUGGCGUGAAGAAUAUCUAUACAGAUCUGGAAUUUUCAAUAGGCAGACCUAUUUAUAAAAUCUGGCUGGGUUUGUGGUGUCUCUGUCCCGCCAUAUUGACGGGUGUCUUGGUGUGGUGGUGUUCUGAUGAUGAUGAGUUUGAUGUAUUGGCCAGUAUUAUGCCAAGAUGGGCUCCCAUAUUAUUUGUGCUAUUUGUUAUUUUAUUUAUAGCUUGUAUACAAAUAUUCAGACAAGUGGAGUACAAUUUCUUUGGCAUGAUUUGUGAGGCCUCUAAAUCUGCAAAAGAAUGGGGUCCAGCCGAUCCUUUGGCUAGACAUGCCUGGAAACAAUGGCGUUCCGUGUGCCAAGAUACCGGACAAAGAGAUUUCACUUUGAGAAGACGCGGCACCAGAGACUAUACACACUCCAUUAAAAAGGGCCAAUACUCCACAACGAAUAAAUAUGCCAAUGGAGGUGGCGGUGGUGGGGUUGUAGUACCAGGCAGCACUAACAAUCAACAUAAUUGGAAAUCCUCAACACCUGGCAAUAGUUCGCCCAACUACAGUGGUUCGGUAUUUGGUGACUCGGCCAUAGAAGAAGACAUUAGUGUCGAUAAGUUUCCAGGAAUUUCACAGCAAUUUGUGCCAUUUCAUAGCAGUGAACCAAACAAUAAACCGGUAAGACAGUCGCAUAGAUCGCGCAGUCAACCGCGUACGGGAAACCAACUGCCACAGCCACAACAACCACAGCCACCACAAAGACUUCAGCAUCACAGUAGUCAAGUAGAAUUGCGCAAUACCAAUCCUGAGACCACCAAACAUCGAGAAAUUGUCUAUAUUAGACGUUUAUCCUCGGAAGAGGGACAACAUGCUACACGCAUUGAAAUAACACCCUCAAAUGAAUCCAUAUCGUAUGCUCCCACCCGCAAUCCCAUGGCCAGAUCCAGUGGAUCGCAUGGCAAUGCCAACAACUAUGUUAAACGUUCGUCCAGUUCGGGCAAAAUGGAAAGUAAUCGUAAUGUUUCAAAGCCCACACCCUCAGCGGCCGAUGUCAAUGGUGAUCAUAUAUGUUGGCGUAAAUUCUCCAUGAAUCCUCAAGAAUAUUCAACGGAAUUGUGAUCUUAGAAACAAGAAAGCAAACCACAACGAAUCUAGUGAUUUUUCUCUAUUUAAAUUGUAAAUACAUAAGUAAAAAAUGAAUAAUUAAGGCAAACGAAUUAAAUUAUAAAAAAACUUAACCCUAAAAGUAUGUUAAAUAUUCACAUUUAAAGAGACUGUCUUAAAUGGUUAAACAAAAAAACGAUCAUAAGCCUUAAUUAUUUGCCGAUAUAUCCAAAUAAACAAAAUCAGCUAUAAGUACAUUCCCAAAUAUUCUUUACAUUAAAAAAAAGACUUUAUUUUCAUAGAAAAAAUGGAAAUUGUAAAAUUUAAACAUGUAAUUUAAUUAAACGAAAAUAAUUUAAAUCAUUCUUAGUGUAAAUAGUUUUAAAUAAUCUCAAAAUAAACUAUAGCAACUGCAGCGAAUAUUUUUAAUUGAAAAAUUAUAAAUUCAAUUAUUAUAAAGUAGAAAAAAGUAAACUUCAACAGCAACUUACAAAAAUUGCCAUAAAUUUGUUUUUUGUAUGUUGAAUACCCUCAUUAUUUAAUUCGAAUUAUUUGUAUUUUUGUUCGCAAUACUUACAUCAUUCAUUUGUACUAGUUCUUUUCUUUUUCUGUUUGUAUUAAGCAUUUAUUAUGAUUUUAAUUUAAUAUUAUUUGUAGUUUAUUAUAGUAAUUAUAAUUAUUAUUAUUAUACAUAGUUUUUAGGCUUUAAAGUGCAUGUUAUAUUUUGUAAUUGUAUUUUGUUAGUAAGUUUGUGUAAAUAGUUUUCAAAUUUAAAUAUUUUAUUAGCAACCAAAUUAUUUAGAUUUAAAAAUCCACAAAAAAAAACAAAGAUAUAAUUAUCUAUAGUAAUGGCAGAGAAUUUAUUGUUCUCUAAUUGAUUAAGAAAUAAAUAAACAAAAAAAAUUAUUAAAAGCA